UUUUUCAGGUUCACCAAGAAUCUUUCUCCUGACAAAAUUAAUGUAAGUACCUUUAAAGGAGAAGGUGAACUCAGUUCUUUAGAAUUAGAUGAAAUUAUUUUAACUGAUUUAUUAGAGCUUCCUUCAUGGGUUCGUCUAACUAGUGCCUGGUGCAAUAAAGUUUCUUUUAGAAUUCAAUGGACAAAGCUAAAAAGUGUUCCUAUUUCUAUUUUUUUAGAUGAAGUAAAUGUAGAAAUUGAAACAUGUGAAGAGUUGAGGUCUCUUUCUGCUCAGCAAGGAUUAUCAUCCUAUUCUGCACCCACAAAAUAUAACUUCAUUAAUAAAGUUAUAGAUGGUAUGACAAUCAAUGUAAAUGUAGUGUCUAUUACAUUUAGAACUCCAGCUUUUAUUGCAUCUGUUCAGAUAAUGAGAAUAACAGUAGAAUCUAAAAGCCCUAACUGGAAAAGAGCUGAAUUAAAUAAGACAAGGCUAAAAGACAGUACUAGGGGUCAGAUUUUAAUAUUUAAAAGUUUGGAAUGGCAAACAUUAAGACUAGAAGCCCGAUCUACAAAAGAUAUUGAUCUUCCACCCUUAAGGCUUUUGACUAAUAAGGCCAAUUGCCGCCUUACCAUAAAAAAGCGUUUAUCAGAUUGCUUUGUGAUGGGUUGCAAACUUCUGUUGAGAUUAGAUGAUUUGUUAUGGGUCUUAACUGAUUCUCAACUGAAAGCAGUUUUGCAUUUUGUUGAAUCCUUAUCUGGGUUAGUACAAAAAGCUAAUGAAACAACACGAAUCAAGAAAGCAGCUAGAAAACUGGAGAUGCUUCCAGAAUACCAUGCCCAAGUAUCACAACAGGCUCGAGGUACAGAACCUAGCUCAAAAGAACAAGUAUUUGCUCGAUUUGAUGUUAUUGAGACAUCUUAUCACUUUAUUGCUCAAAAAAUUGUUUUACACUUAAGUGAUGAUCCAGGAGCUGGAAGAUCUUGCCAUCCAUUGUUACAGAAUGGAAGUGCUGUUUGUUUAAAGCUUUGUUCACUUCAGAUUGAUUAUUACCCUUAUCAUCUUUCUGCUGCUGAUAGAAAUCAUUGGGGAAGGUAUGAUCAAGAAAAUUCUCUUCAUAUGCAAUGGCUUAAUGCUGCUCAAAAUUCUUUUAAAAAUUCUUUGCUCCAACUUAUUGAUGUAAGCAAUAAAAAAUCCACCCAAAAAUCAUCUGACCAUACAAAGGAAGAAGAAUAUGUACCCUUUGACAAAAACUAUGAAUCGUUGCCUAGCAGUAAUUCUGUAAAAAAGUAUGUUAUUGAUAAUCUAGCUAAAGUAAUGACAUCUUGUGUCGUUAUUAGAGUUGAGGAUUUUACAAUGUAUAAAGUUACUACAGUUACAAAACAAACUCCUAAGGAAUUCAUCAAAGGUGAUAAGGAGCGAUAUUCUUUUCCAACAGACGUUUCAUUACAUGCUGAGUUCACAUAUUACUAUUACCCUGGAGACAUUGCUUUUCCAUUGCCAUCUCCAAAGUUCUACGUUCAAAUAAAUCCUGUGUAUAUUAACUUUGAUUUGUUGACGGUCUUGUGGCUUAAUUCAUUUGCACUGAAUUUACAUCAAUCACUUGUGAAUACAAAACAGGAAUCUGUUGCUUUAAACUAUAUUGAUGUCAAAAUUGAAGCCAUCAUGCCUCGGUUAAUUUUUGAGAGCAAUAAUGAAAAUCAAUAUGGCCAAAGAGAUCGUCCGAAAUCUUUACAAUUUCAAGUUAGUAGAGCACUACUGAGUAAUGUGAGAAGUGUUGAUUGUUGCAGUAGAUCUGAUUUGGCUAAAUGUCUGUAUGCAUCUGAGCUUGGCUCUCUGUUUUAUGGUUCUGAGUUUCCUGUUAAAGAUGGAGAUCUUGUUGUGGUUUCUAAAAAAUUUCUGGAUCAUGUUGAUGGUAAAGAUCAUGUUCGUUCAUUAGUUGAAACACUUCCUACAGGAUCUAUUGCUGAAUUUGUUAAUGCUUUAAGUAAAACUUUACUCUGGACUGAAGCAAGAGAUGUUUGGUGUAUUAAUUUGGAACCACUUUGGGGAGAUUUUUAUGGAGCACGUGGUAUAGCACACAAUCGCCCUGUUGCUUUUUUAGAUACCUUUCCUUUGAAAAUAUGGUUGCAUAUGGAAGGUCCAAAAAAUGAUAUACAUGCAUUGGCAUACAUUUCCAACUUAAUAUCUAUACAAAUCAACCAUUACCAAUUGCUCUUUCUUUUGAGACUGGCUGAUGAAAUGACUGAGCUUGUCACAAUGUUAGAAAUGGAUGCUGAACGAAUUAAGCAUGAGAAAAGUGGCAACUUAGUUGUUGGAGCUGUAAUACCUCAGGUUGAAGUUACAUUGGUAAUGCCCUCUCAAACUCCUGGGAAAGAAUCUUCUGGUGCAGACUUGGAAUCGGUGAUUCCUGAUACUUCAAGUCUCGCAGAUGAUAUUGUUACUAAUCCUAGUAUUCAAUGGAAUACUGUAUUAACAACGAAUUUGCAAGAUGGUGCUGUUUACAAACGAGAAAAUACUGUUUCUGCGACUUCUCCACCCAGUGAUCAAAUAUCUGUAGAUUUGCCAUCGCCCAUAAAGUUAGAUUCGCCUAAGUCCAAUUUGAAUUCUUUGAUGGGUUUAUCAUCAGUUAAAAAAGGAUUUACUAAUUUUUCUAAAAUGAUUGAUUCUGCUUUGAAACCUUUUCCUGAUGAUGCAAUUAGUGACACAAUUUCAAUAAGAUCAGAUGGUAGUUCUGAUAGUGAUAAUUCUGUCAUUAAUAAACUAAGUCUUGGUGAUGAUAUGUUUAAUAUAGAUGGCAAUGAAGCUUUAAGUGAAGGAGUAGAUAUUGGAAGUGAAGCCUUUGAGGAUGAUAAUCAAUCUGGUACAACUAUGAGUGCUACUACAGCAAGUGAAAGUCAUUCAAAUGCAAGUUCAUACAAGAGGCGUGAUUUGAUAUCUGUAGCUACAUUUAAAUUAGGUCAGGUAGAAGUGGUACAACAAUCAAAAGGAUUAGAAUCGGUAAUUAAAGCUCAGAUAUCUAAUGUUGCUGUUGAGGAAUGUGCUGCAAUUCCAUGGGAUGAAUUUCAGAAUAAGUUUAAUGCUCGUUCUCGAGGGUGGACUGAAGUAUGUGAUCAACCUGCUGAAAGGCCAAGAAUUCGUUUGCGCAAAGAACAUUCUGUCACAUUAGGAGAUCUUACAACUUGGCCUGGGCCUCGAAAUAAUACUUGGUUCAGUGAUAUGUUAACUGUUUCAUUGGCAAAUAUCAAUUUAUCUAUGAACAUUAGUACACUAUCUUCUAUAGCAGAAUUUUCUGUUGAUGAUGCUGUUUCACCAUGUCUUCCAGUUCAGCUUAAUUUAGAAGAUUUAGAAUUAUCAAUAAUUGAUGAUAGACCAUCGUUACAAGGGGGAAGUAAUAACCCUUCAUUCAUUCAAAUUUCUAAAUUAAGGGUAUUUAAAACAAAAGAAGGAACAAUUAAUGUGGAACCGCCUGAAACUGAAACAUCAAGUCUUAUUUCUUCUGAAGAAGUUAGUUUAAAGCUAGAAAAUGAGCAGCUUCGGAGGCGCUUGACUGCCAUGGAAAGGUUGAAUGAAGAAAAUCAUAGGUUAAGAAAGUGUGAAGAGGAAGCACAGUUGCUUAGAUCAUGUUUAAAUGAUGCCCAAGAAACUUUGAAUUCUUUGCUUCAAGAAAAACAAAAUUUAUUAGAAAUUAUAAAGAAUGUACAACAGUCUAAAGGAGAAAAUAAGCAACAAACCUCUGGGAAAAGAUAGCAGCAAUGUUGCUGUUUCCGAUGUUCUUGUUCUCAUAAGAAAAACUGCUAGUUUAAAAGAACAUUAGAGGCAGUAGUGAAUAAAUAGACUGCUAUCCUAAGUUAUUUUUUAAUUUUAUGGUUGUUGGGAUUGGUUGUUUAUUUGUUUUAAAUGUUAUAAUUACAAGCUUUUGAUGUGUUCCUAUUAUUUUACAAUAGUCAUUUAAGUACCAUAAGUAAUAAGAAUUAAUGGCGGCCUUCAGUGAUUCACUUCAUAAUAAAAAACAAGUUAUAUUUUUACCAAUCCUUGUUUCUUAUUGAUGGUUUGUAAUUGGAAUUGAAAUGAGAAGAUUCAUGAUAUGAAUAAUAAAUAUUUAUUAUCUAAUUAAUAAUUCAACAUAUUUCUUUCAAAGUUGUAAUCAAUUUUUCUAAAUUAAACUAAAUUUCUUUAAAGUGAUCUUGCAAAAGAGACUAUAAUAAUUAUCAGUAGAAAAAGGCCUUUUUGGUCUCGAUAAAUAAUUGCAUUAUUUUAAAUUUAGCCAAAUUUUUGCCUCUUCAGGGAUAAUCGGAUUUUACAUAUAAUUUAAAUUUUCAUCUGAAAAAAAAAUACAAAAAUCGUUCAGAGGAUUUACUACUAGACAUUAGCCCACUUAUAAAACC